AUGGCCACUAGGACCAUCGUCGAGACGGAUUACCAGGAGUUUGCCAGCGUGGACGGUAAUGACAAGAUCGUUCUAUCACGGAACGGCAGCGGCCAGGUCAAGACAUGGAAGUAUGAUGGGUGGGGCCGGCUUGUCGAGCUCACCGAUGCGGGCGGCCGUGUCGAACGGCGCAAGUAUAACUCUCUAGGUUCCGUCGUCGAGAUUAACGACCCAUACCAGAACCCGCUUAAGAGAACGAGGGGUCUGACGCGCUCCUACGACGCGGGCGGCCGUCUCGUUAGGGAGGUUAACGUUCUCGGAGAGGCUGUGGAACGAACGUACGACGCGAUGGGAAGGACGGUCGAGAUCGCCGGCAAAGACGUCAACGGCGGUGUCAUACGGACCACGAGAUUCCGUUUCGACGAGCCGGGCACCGGAAAGGGCUUACUCGCCGGCGUUACGAUCGAGUGCAGUCCAGACACAGUCAACGAGGCCGGGAAAUCGCGGGCGGUGCGGAAGCUCGAGUAUGAAUACACCUACGACGAAGCGGCGCGUAGGACGGGUCAAUCCCUCAAGUUGACGGGUGACGUGCCCUUUUGGGAUGGUUCCAAAUCUGUAGUGCUCAAUUCCACAUGGACGUACGACAGUCUGGGCCGCAUCCUGACCCAGACGCUGCCCGAUUCGACGACGGUGAAGUCGACCUACUCUGGACUUAGGCUGGCCCAGAAGAAGAUGCAGGCAGCUCCUGUUGACGGCGGGCAGAAUGGCUGGGACAUAUCUGCAUCUACGACUGCAUUCAGCAAGUCAGGCACACCUACAGCCUGGACGAUCCGUGGUUCCGAGUUGGCUCAGGACGGGUGGCAUCGCGAGGUUGCCUUUGACAAGCUGGGCCUGCCAACCAGGAUGGCCUUACUGGAUAGCCAGGGGCAGGAUCAUGGUAAAAGGCUGGUCGAUCAUAACCUGGUGUAUAACGCGCUCGAUCAGGUAAGCAGCCUUCACGAGAGCAUCAGCGGCUCAUCCAUCGCGUACGACUACAUCGAUCGGAGGCUGGCCGCGUCGCACAGCGCCGAAGGUGUCAACCGCAAGUAUUCGUAUAGCGCGUCAGGAGAUUUGACAGAAAAGGACGGUAUGUUACUGAGCUACUCAUCACACGAGGAUCUCACCCGAAUCGAAGGCUCCCGGGACGGCAAGACGGUGUUCUGGUCCACUUCGGACGCUGCCGGCCGUCUGACGACGCGCAAGAAUGGUGAUGGCCCCGAGAUGAGCUACACCUACGACGAGAAUGGCAAGAUGAGCUCUGCGACAAGCUCGAAGGGCUCAUCAAUCAUGUUCUCGGACCACAGCCUCUUCACCGUCGUCCGACAAGCCCCCGACGGGCCCAUCGAGAUCAGUGCGGGCCCAGAGUACCAGGAGAUUCUCAGCAAGGACGGCUCGAAAACCGUCAAAAAGGACUUCAAAUUCCCCGAUCAGACAGCAGUCACAGUUUGGACCAAAAUAAUGCCGUCCAUGACUAGGUCCCCUCCGAUAGAGGACCAAAAAUCACGGAAAUUCCAAGUGCCCAUGACGAACCACAAAGGGAGUAUAACGCACGUCUUUGACGGCUUUGACAGGCGUCUGAUCAGGCAAAUCACUUACGACGACUACGGACAGGUGAUCAAGUCAACCGGGAGCAAGACUUCGCGCAGCUCUCCUGAGUUCGAGGGAGCCAUCAUGGACGAUUUGAGCGAGCUGCUGGACUUUGGGGCGCGCAUGUACGACCCCGUUAUAGGCCGCUUCACCAGCCCGGACUCCAUCCUCACCUUGCGGCAGACGCUAUACCCGGACGGCAUGAACCGCAUAGCUUUUGAGAAUAACGAUCCAGUCAACCACACGGACCCAACCGGGCAUUUUUCAUGGAUGUUCUGGGUCGCGGUCGUGGUCGGGGUUCUCUUGAUCGCGGCGUUUAUCGUCCUCACUGUUGUGACGUUGGGCGCGGAUCUUCCAAUCCUUGCUGCGAUUGGGCUAGGCGCCGCGUCAGGCUUCUUGUUAGGCGCCGGCAUCGCGUCGGUCACGUACGUGUGGAAGCACCGCAACGUCACGGACGCGGGGACCUUCUUCAAGGGCUGGGCAGUCGAGGUGGCCAUCGGAGGCGCCGUGGGAGCCGUAACUGGCGCCAUCACAGGCGGAUUGGGGGCGUAUCGGAGUGGCGCGGGCUUCAUGACCAAGGCGGCGGCGGGUUCCCUUGAGACGGCGGUGGCAGAUGCGGGGCCGACGGCUGGGAGCGCUGUGUCCGACCUUGGCGAAGUGGUAGGCCCCGAGGUCGCCGAGGACACCAGCGCCAAUGCCAACAUGCUCGUCGAACAGGAGCAGGAAGCCGCCGGGCUCACCGCGCGCAGGCCUGAAUCGCUCGUCGACCCGGACGAGCCAUUGAUAUCAACAUCGCGCGUUGCGCGGUUCAAUUCCAGCACCAACUAUGGGGCGACGGGAGCAUCAGAAGGAGCACAGGGAGCGAAGACGUCUGCGCUGGCUGAGGCUACCGGCGGCGCGGCACGCUUGAACCCAGGGGCCAACGUCGGUCAGAACUUUGCUACCAACGCCGCUGAUAAUUGGGCAUAUGGCACCCACAACGAGGUGACCUCGCUGGACCUGGUGAUGGACAUCAUCACCGGCACCCUCUCGGCUGGUUUACCAGUCGCCCAGAACACGCAGAUGUUCAGGGGAAUUACGACCGCCGUCGGAACCUGGGCGAAAGGUUUCGGCACGCUUGGGCGGGCGGGCUUAGGCGCCGCGGGGGUGAGCAUUUUGGCGACUGUUGGUGGUAUAGCACAGCUUGUUGACCAAUUUAUUUUUCAUGACUAG